UACAUUAAGUUACAAGUAUAUUCGCUAUCAACACCUCACUAUUCCUCAUCAAUGCUACAUUGCCUACUCUCAUUACAUCCACAAUAAUAUCAUCAUCAUAUCAUAAAACCUCUUGUUCCUUAUGUUGAGAUUGCCCUUUCAGCCCAUUCUCCUUUAACAAACAUUUUUCUUAUUAGAAUCUACUCUACCCCUAGCUCUUUCUAAAAAUCUACCAACAAGAACCAGAAUGGAGGAGAAUCUUAGUUCAUAUAAUCCUCAACUAGUCUCUAGCUUGAAGAAGAGUUACAAGAAACAAGAGCACGAUCAUCAUCUCAAAGAAGAAGACUACAUGUCUCCAUCUUUCAAUCUGCGGAAUGUUUCAAAGCUCAUUCUUCCCCCACUUGGUGUUUCAAGCCAGAAUCCAGUAAACUCGAAAGGAUGGAUCGUAUCACCAAUGGAUUCCAGAUACAGGUGUUGGGAGAGUUUUAUGGUUCUUCUGGUAGCGUAUUCUGCAUGGGUGUACCCCUUUGAAGUUGCUUUCAUGCAUUCUUCUUCAAAUAAGAAACUCUAUAUUGUGGACACUGUUGUUGAUCUUUUCUUCGCUAUUGAUAUCGUUUUGACAUUCUUCGUGGCUUACAUUGAUCGAACAACUCAUCUACUAGUUCGAGACAAGAAAAAGAUUGUAGUGAGAUACUUGUCAACAUGGUUCGUGAUGGAUUUGGCAUCAACUAUACCAUAUGAGGCACUUGGCUAUUUGUUCACUGGCAAACACAAAGGGAGUCUCCCGUACUUUUUAUUGGGCCUCCUCAGGUUUUGGAGAAUCAGACGAGUCAAGCAAUACUUCACAAGGCUUGAGAAAGACAUCAGGUUCAGCUAUUUUUGGAUCCGAUGUGCUAGGCUUCUUUCUGUAACACUUUUUUCAAUUCAUUGUGCUGGGUGUCUCUAUUACAUGCUAGCUGAUCGCUACCCCCACCAAGGAAAGACAUGGAUUGGAGCUGUGAAUCCAAACUUCAGAGAGACUAGCCUUCGGAUCAGAUACAUUUCAGCCAUGUACUGGUCCAUCACUACCAUGACCACUGUAGGUUAUGGUGACCUCCAUGCUGUGAACACCAUGGAAAUGAUCUUCAUUAUUUUCUACAUGCUCUUUAACCUUGGCCUAACUGCUUACUUGAUUGGUAACAUGACAAAUCUUGUUGUUGAAGGAACUCGCCGUACCAUGGAAUUUAGAAAUAGCAUUGAAGCAGCAUCAAACUUUGUGUGCCGAAAUCGGUUGCCUCCAAGGUUAAAAGAGCAGAUCUUGGCUUACAUGUGUUUAAGAUUCAAGGCAGAAAGCUUGAAUCAGCAUCAGCUUAUGGAACAACUACCAAAGUCAAUUUGCAAAAGCAUCUGCCAGCAUUUGUUUUUUGAAACUGUAGAGAAAGUCUAUCUUUUCAAAGGCGUCUCUAAAGAAAUUAUCUUGUCCCUGGUUGCAAAAAUGAAGGCAGAAUAUAUACCACCUAGAGAGGAUGUUAUCAUGCAAAAUGAAGCACCAGAUGAUGUUUACAUUAUAGUGUCUGGAGAAGUGGAGAUAAUCAGUAGCGUAAUGGAGAAAGAGAGAAUUGUAGGGAAUUUACAUACUGAGGAUAUGUUUGGAGAGGUUGGUGCACUUUGUUGUAGACCUCAAAGCUUUACCUAUAGAACCAAGACUCUCACACAACUCCUGAGACUGAAGACCAAUACUCUUAUAGAAGCAAUGCAGAUUAAAAAAGAAGACAACAUACAAAUACUCAAAAAUUUCCUUCAGCAUUUCAAGCAGCUCAAGGAUCUGAGUAUCAGAGAUUUGAUGGUGGAGAAUGUGGAAGAAGAGGACCCUAACAUGGAUGUGAACUUGUUAACUGUGGCAAGCACAGGCAAUGCUGCUUUUCUUGAGGAGCUUCUAAGAGCAGGUUUGGAUCCUGACAUUGGAGACUCCAAAGGGAAAACUCCAUUGCACAUAGCAGCAUCACAUGGGCAUGAAGAGUGUGUUAAAGUCUUACUCAAGCAUGCAUGCAACAUACAUAUAAAAGACAUGAAUGGUAACACUGCAUUAUGGGAUGCUAUAGCAUCAAAACAUUACUCCAUAUUCCGGAUCCUUUUCCAGCUUGUUGCUCUUUCUGAUCCAAACACAGCAGGGGAUCUCCUAUGUACAGCAGCAAAAAGAAAUGAAUUAACAGUGAUGAAGGAUCUCUUAAAGCUAGGAAUAAACGUUGACUCUAGAGACCAUCAUGACACAACAGCAAUCCAAAUUGCCAUGGCAGAAAAUCGUGUUGACAUGGUUCAGUUGCUUAUCAUGAAUGGUGCAGAUGUCUCUGAUGUGCAUUAUCAUGAAUUUUCUUCAUCCUCCUUAAAUGAAAUGUUGAAACAGCGUGAAAUUGGACAUCUAAUCAAUGUAAAUGAGGCCAUGCCCGGUGAAGUUGUCUUAAAGGGUCAACAACAAGAGCAGGAUCACAUUGGAGGAAGAUCUACUGGAGUAAAGUUUCCAAGAGUAAGCAUAUAUAGAGGCCACCCUAUAGUAAGAAGAGAAAAAUGUUCCAUGGAAGCUGGAAAGCUAAUAAGGUUGCCUGAUUCAUUAGAGGGGCUCAAAACUAUUGCAAGUGAAAAAUUUGGGUUUGAUGCAAAAGAUGCAAUGGUGACGAAUGAAGAAGGAGCAGAAAUAGACUCUAUUGAUGUGAUCAGAGAUAAUGAUAAACUUUUUUUUGUUGAAUAAGCUGAGAUGCAAGAAUGUCAACUGUAAAUAUAUAAUCUCAGAUAACAGAAUUACAUGCUUCCUUUUUUGUGUUGGUCAUUUUGUCUUUUUUCCUGUAGCCAUAAAGAAGUGGCUUUGGCUUUUCGUUUAUAAAUCAUAGUUUUUUUGCUUC